AUGGAAGCCGAUACCACCCCAGGGCCAUCCUCUCAGACGACUCCGUCUGGUGCUGUCACCGCUGUGGUAAGAGGACCCGAUGCCGCCGCACGCGAGGCUAUCCUGCGCGCGGACUCCCUCGCAAUCAUUGUCGACCCCUACCACGUGAAGUGUCGCCGCUGCGCUACAAGCAUCAAGCUCAGCGACAAGUACCCGUAUAUGCUGCGUAUGUGGGAGAGGCACAAGCAGACGAGGGGAUGUCUUGCGGGGACGGGGAGGACGGCGCCGAUGCCGAGGAAGUCAGGUCCUGGGCGAGGGGAUGGCGCUAGCGGCGCUGGUGGCGGUGAUGAUGCGGACGGCGGCGCUGCAGGCACGAGUGGAAUGAAUGGACAGUCAAGCGGUGGGAUGGACCUCAGCAAUCUUGGCGCGAAUGGGCAGACUGGUGGCGGGGCUUUGGAUGCUGGUGUCUAUCAGCACAGGGUGGGUGGAUAG